AGUAAUCCAGGACAACUUUUUCUCUUCUGCUUUAUUAAGUAAUUAUUUCUCUAAGCUAAUAAAUGUUUCCUUUCAGGAGUCAUUGCCGGAUCUGUGCUUGGUGUGCUUCUUUUUUGUGUUCUGAUCGGUGUGAUUGUGCUUAUUGUUCUAAAAAGACCAGAUAUUAUGCGCAGAAAAAUGCCAUUCAUAUCUGGUUUUAAAACAACUGAUACAAAGGGGAAAUCUGUUUCUGUAGCCAGAUUUCCAAACCACUUCCACCAGCUGAGUUUGGAUGAAAACAGAGGUUUCAGUCAGGAAUAUGAGAGCCUUGCUCCUGUUGGCGCAGACCAGACAUAUAAGGCAGCAGUUCUACCAGAAAACAAAGAGAAGAACCGUUUUAACAUCCUACCUUAUGACUGGUGUCGAGUGAAGCUCAAUAGAUCAACCCCCAAUGAAAGCUCAGACUAUAUAAAUGCCAGUUACAUACCAGGCUACAACAGCAACAGAGAGUAUAUCGCCACUCAGGGUCCUCUGCCCUCCACAGUCAGUGAUUUCUGGAGGAUGGUUUGGGAAGAGAAAGUGAAGAGAAUUGUCAUGGUUACCAACCAUAUCGAAGCAGGACGGAAAAAAUGCGAGAAAUAUUGGCCUGAAGACAUGAAGCGAUGUGUUUAUGGAGAGGUGUUGGUCACUGAAACAUCUGAGAUCAAGGAACCCAACUGGACACUAAGGGAGUUUAGCGUGAAACAUAAAAACACCUCAGAGGAACGUACAGUCAAACAAUUCCACUUCACUGUCUGGCCUGAUCGUGGAGUCCCACAGAGCACAGAAGUCCUGAUCCGAUUCAGAGGACUCAUGAGACGACACAUAGAGAGUGAAGGUUCUGAGGCACCAACUGUGGUUCACUGCAGUGACGGGGUGGGAAGGACAGGCACUUUCAUCGCCCUGGACGUACUACUUCAGCAGCUGGAGAAAGAACAAGCAGCCGGCAUCAAGGAAUUUUUACACAAGAUGAGACUGCAUCGAUCACACAUGGUGCAGACUGAGUCCCAGUAUGUUUUCCUGCACCAGUGCAUCGUGGACAGCCUGCAGCUACAUGUAACCCAAGAGGAGCACAUUUAUGAGAAUGCUGACUUAAUAUAUGAUAAUGCCAUCUCUCUUCCAGAACUUCCUUAACACAAAACUAAUUAAGUGUCAUACCUGCAGUAAACACGGUUAAUAAUUAUUAAAUAAUUAUUGUGCCAAGAUGCUACUGAACGUUAAAUACAUUUCUGCGUUAUGUUCUUGUAAUAUAUUCAUAAAGACUCUACCAAAAAAUUUAUAAAAUAAGACUAUGAACCACUAACUUAGAAGUACUGAACAAAGCAUCAUAUGCAGAGGCUGCCUGAGGGGAAAACAGAGCUCUUUAAUAAUGAAAAUCAAAUACAUUGCAGUGGGAAUCGCAGGAUGAACCGAUGUUGAUGCAUGGGCAGUGUAACAGCAAAGAUAAACAGAGAACCAUGCAGUUUAAUGGAGAGAAUCAGCAGGGAACAAGAGAACCGGAGAACAUAUAUAGAGGCAAAGGCAGAGAAAUGACAGGUAAACCGGACGAGUUAAGUUGCAGCUGAAAGGCAGGAGAAAGGCAGAACAGCUUAAAGAGGAAGGCUGAUUAACAUGAAUGGAGCAGAAACUCAGAUAAACAAAGGGACGUAUCUAAUUGAAAUGUGAAAAUAAAGAGCACGGGGAAAUGAACAGAAGAAGACAAGACCUGGACAACACAACAAACAGCAAGAAAAGGGGAUGAUAUACUGAAGAAAAUCAUAACUCUAAUGUCUUAGGAUUGUGACACAAAGCUCAAUUCAGCCUAAAAGGAUUGUGAUUUAAAAAUUGCUGUAUCUACAUUCAAAUAAAAAAAUAAACUUCAGCAUCUCCAAGGCCAAAACAACAAAGAAAAUCCCCUCUUCUAAUUGGAAAUAAAACUCUUAUAUACUAGAAAAAGCACAUUGCCUUAACUCCUUGGCUGGUGUCAAAAAAAGAUAACUGAAAUAAAACAGCAGAGGAACCCUAACCAAGUGGCCCUCUAACACAAAAUAAAACAGGUCACCAACACAAAAAUCUAGCCACAGACUUUCUCUUGGUACUCAGGGUUAGGGUUUUACUGGAAAUCACAACCACAGAACCCAUGCAUCACAAAGGCCCAGAGGGAAUGGCUGGGGUAUUGGGUAAUUGUAGGUUUGAUGCAGUUCACUGAUGAGGACUGCAGCUGUGCAGGUGUGACAGAGACCCUAGAGGUCAGUGGAUGUAUGAAGGAUGAAGCAAUUCAUGGAGAAAUUAAAAAUAAAACCAUGUGAAGACUUG